AUGGCGCCGCCGCUGCUGCCAACGGCGGCGGCACCGUGCCCCAGCGCCGCCGUCGGCACUAUAACGUCCACAGCGGCCGGGGGAACCUGCGUAGCAAUUUCGGCGGCGGACAUCAGCAUGGACGACCCAAUGAGUCUGUGUACUGCAUAUAGCGGCGGUAGAUUGUGUAAUCCACGUCAGCAGCAGCGGCUGCAGUCGAGCACGUCGGGCAUGAUCGCAGCGUCGCCUUGUGCUGCCGAGCUGGCAGCGGCGGCGGCGGCGACGGGAUACAGCGCCCACAAGACAUCCGAUACUGACAUGUUACCUGCUGUAGCUUCCGCCGUCGCCGCCGCGGGCUCCCCUGAUGCUGGCGGCAGCGGUGCCGGCGGCGGCGGCGCCCUCACCGGCACCGCAGCGACCGGGGGCCUUCCCGCUGCCAUCACCACCAAAGACAUCGGCGACUGUCCUGAGGUCUUGGGGGCUGAAGGACCAAGCGGCGGCGCCCUCUGCUGCGAUGCCGCCGCCGCCGCCGCCGAGCCACCAGGACAGCUGACGCGAUCUACAAGGGUCGUCGGCGGCGACGGCGGCGGCGGCGGCGUGCAUGUGGUCGGCAGGAUUCCUCGUAACGCCCUAACGCUGGAGACCCUUCGGGGGAUGUUCGAGCUGCCGGCACAGGAUGUCGUACGGGCGCUGGGCAUCAGCGCAACUGACCUGAAACGUCGCUGUCGGGCACUGGGUAUACGCCGCUGGCCGCACCGAAAGCUAGCUAGUUUGCAGCGGCUGGUGCAGGCAGUGAACGAGGAUGUCGACCUACCGGCCAACGAGCGGGAGGUGGUUCUCGAAACCGUGGCGGCGACUCGAUCCAGGAUCUUUGAAGACCCCAACGUGGAUCUGGAUUCGUCUCUCAAGGUCCUGCGCCAGGUGCAGUACAAACGACAUUUCUUGGAGCGAAGGGGCUACGGCGGCAGCGCCCCAUUUGAAACCGCCGCCGCUCAGAUGCAGGUGGAGUCGAGAGAGGUCGCAGGAGCCGCAGCCGCUGCGGAUGUCGCUGCGGCAACGCGGCGUGGCGGCCGAGCUGGCGGCAGGAAUCGAACACGAGAGGUCGACGGGUGUGCUGCUGGCGGGGGGCCGCUGGCGGCGGAAGCGGAGGGGAACCUGCCUUUUCGAAGUGGCAACGGCGACGAAGAGACGGAUGCGGCGUUCCUAGCCGUACUGAAGGCCCGUGCCACGACCGCCACUAGUAGUACUACUGCUAUUGCUGCUGCUGCAGCCGCGGGUGGCGCUAGAAGGGGAGGAGCAGGAGGAGGUCACCAAAACAAGAACAAAGAGAAAACACCACCGGGGGCAGGGGCUCUACUCAGGGUGCUCCACUACACACUCCAAAAAACCGAGGCAAGGGAAGACCUACCCACGUCAGGUAGCGAUCGGCUGACGCUGGCGGCCGCGGACAAGUACGGCAAGGUGUCGCUGUGGGACGUCGACGUGGAGGCGGGCGGUCCGGCGGAGAAAACAGCUGGAGUUCUCAUGUUCCAGCCCCACUCCGAGUAUGUGUCCGGGCUUCGCUGGCUUGGUCGGGAAGCUGCCGUGGGCCCAUGUCGCCUCAUCACCACCUCGUACGACGGGUCCGUCAGGGCCCUCGACCUGGGCGGCUCGGGCAUGUGGGUGGAGCUACCUGCACUGCGUGACCCGCGGAUUCGUGGGUUCAGUGCUCUGGACGUCCCUUCCGACGGCCGAACGGCGUACCUGGGGGAUCCGCAGGGGAAUCGUGGAUCUGCGCGGAUCUCGUGGAUCUGCGCGCGGGAACGGUCGUUGAACGUGGCGGUAGCGGCGGCGGCGGUAAUUGUGGUGGUAGUGGUAGUGCUGGCCAGGCGGGGACGUCGGAUGCGGUGGCGACGUCUCUGGGGGCUCUAG